GUGCGCAGAGCUGGACAGCGGGACCUGGCGGGUCCUCAGCCGGUAUCCCCACAGGGUAGCUCUGGACAGCACUCUUGCUGGUUUCUACUCCUCAGAGGCGCCUUCUCAGAAUGGAGCAAUUUCCUCACAAUCGUAGAGACCGCAACGGCAGCUCCCGACCCCAUGUGGCCCCAGGGCGGGCUGCUGCACCCGCUUCGGCCGCGCGGUCUGUGUCGUCGGGGAUCCCGGUGUCAGCAACUUUCCUGCGGCCGCCUGGCCUUUUUCUGCGAUCGACCUCAAGUGCGGGUCGGGCAGGAUGCGCCCCGGGCCCUGGGCUGGAUAGGGCGUUGGGGGCAGUGGGCUGCGGCUACCCGCGGACCCCGAAGUGCGCGCGUUGUCGCAACCACGGCGUGGUGUCAGCGCUCAAGGGCCACAAGCGCUUCUGCCGCUGGCGGGAUUGCGCGUGUGCCAAGUGCACCCUGAUCGCUGAGCGGCAGCGGGUCAUGGCCGCGCAGGUGGCGCUGCGCAGGCAGCAGGCGCAGGAGGAGAGCGAGGCCCGCGGGCUGCACAGGCUUCUGUAUCAGGCGCCGUCCGCGGCUGCAGCUCAUGCGUCGGGGAGCAGUGGCAGGACCGAGAGUCCCCAGGUCUUGAGUAGCCGCCCCAUGGCUGUAGCUGCCUUGGGAGCAGGUGCCUCUAGACACCCUGGGAGCCUGUCAGUCCCAGCUUUCGAGGUUUUGCAGCAAGAUUAUGCUGAGAGAAAGCAGGAACCAAAACAGGGUAACUGUGAUUCAUGCCAGAGUAGACACGAAGAGCCAGUCUCCAACACUCAUCACCGUUCUCUGGGAUCAUCUAAGGGUAAUGUUACCGUGGAGAAACAGGGCUUCAUGUCAUCUAUUUCAGAACACUCGGACAAAUCCACCAUCAUCCUGUCUCCUUGCCCCACGGAUCAAUCGGGAGGAGAAGACAGUCCCAGGUCCUUCUCUUCAUCUGACCUGGAAUCAGGGAAUGAAAGCGAGUGGGCCAGAGACUACAUUGCUACCAGAGCCAGCCUUUCUGCGGUGACCUCAAGACCACGAGAUCCUCUCGGAAUUCUCAUCAGGAUUUUUCCAGGUUACAGACGUAGCCGCCUAGAAGGCAUUCUACAGUUCUGCAAGGGAGACGUAGUUCAAGCUAUUGAACAGAUCUUAAAUGGGAAAGAACAUAAGCCAGACUGCAGGGACCUAGCACAUGCAGACUUGGAAAAUGCAGCCUUUCAGAGAGCUUCAGAUUUUAGUCUUGCUGGCCUUGGCUUUGGGACUCUAAGUAAUAAAUCAGCUCUCUCUCUUGAAGCUGCCUCUGCUGCUUAUGGAAGAGAUUCAACUCUCUACAGUUUCAAUCCCAGACUAGCUUUCAGCCCACUGCGCCUGGCAUAUUCUUCUCCAGGAAGAGCGCUGUCUGGUUUUGUGUCACCUUACCUAACGCCUGGACUGGUUUCAGCAUUGCCUCUUCAGCCAACUUUGGAUUAUGCAUUUCCAGGGAUGAUUAGGGAGCCGACCCACCUUCCCAGCAAGCACUUAGUAACUGGUGGUAGACUGUAUUUCAGGCCCAAUCAGGAGCAUCUGUAACAUAUCCACUCUACCAUUCUGUGGAUUUUCUGGAGCUAUGACACACACACACACACACACACACACACACACACUCACUCACUCACUCACUCAGUUAUUAAUGUACUUCAAAGAACAUAAGCAUGGCUUCUCAGUCUUACAUGCUAUUUUUCUAAGCAGUGUAAUAUACUUUAGAUUUAAAGACUUUUCUUUAGCAUUUAUUAAAUCAAAGAAACAUUUAAUCAUUAUAUGUGCCUUGAAUAAACUUAUUUCAGGAAAUACUAUUAUUUUAAACUAAUGAAUCUUUUCCUUAAAUUAUCACUUUUAUUAUAAAGCCAUACAUGCUUUUAUUUUAUUGUAGGUUGUGUUUAUAGUUGUGAACAUUUGUAAAAAGCAAUUCCUAUGGUAGAGUAAGAACCAGGAGUGGGGGUUGUGGUUAUUAUUCUAAAACAAAUCCCUUUCCAUCUCUUCCUUCUUUUCCUUUCCCACUUCUCCUCCUCUAUUACAGGUGAACCAGAAAUUGUUCCAAGUAUUUAAAAAUAUUUUAUUUGCAGAUAAAUGACCAGUAGUAAGUAAACCUAAUAAAUUUGAAUAUAUUAUUUUUGGAUUGUCUGAUUUUUGUACUUUUUAGCUACUAGUUGUAAAAAGGAAAUGUUUUUGAACUGUUCUCUUUAAAGUUAACAUUGUAAAUGCACAAAGAAUUAUUGGGUUAUAAGAAACAAGACCCUGCCCUCUUCUGGCCACUAUCACAAACUGCAAUUCAGUUAUUCUGAGAAAACACGUGGUUUUCUGUUACAGACUAACAAGUUUAUGAAAUAACCAUUUUAGAUCAUGCUGUAUUCAUUUUCAUAAUGUGAAAUAUAUUUCUACUGAGGAUAAUUUUAAUUUUUUAGUAGCCUUUGCUUCUAUCUGUGGAUAUAGUCCUUUAUCAUUUGUUUGAAAAAAUAGCAUGUCACCCAUUCUCAAAGGUAAAAAGGAAUUAUUCAGAAAGUAAACUAUCUGCUCAGACAAAUAUCUACUGAUUCUAUAUAAAGUAUAUUUAAUGUACUUAGGAAAGACAAAAUUUCUGAAGGUCAGUAACUGCCUUUAAAGCUUAGAGGUGUUUUGGAGUCUUAAGGCGUACAUUUCUUUCUCCACUUGGAGCAUUUAAAACCAUCUAUCCAGCUGUUCAAUUCAGUCACUGGGAAGCCCCAGGGGGGGAAAACAGCUCACAAAACAACUGUACAACUUUUUUUCUCAUGUGCCAUAAUUUUUAAAGGGACAAUGGCUUCACUGUAUUGUGAGGAAUAAUGAAGACCCAUAUGUGGUAGGAGUGAGAGAUAUCUUUAUCUGAGCAGCAAGAAUCACUAGAAAAUUUUAAAAUUAUAUUUAUGUAUGUGUGUCUUUUUCAUUAAGCUAAUAAGUUUUCACAGUAUAUUUUAUUUAAAAAUAUCAUAAUGCACAACUGGAGAGUAUCUGGUGCUGAUUUAGAAUGCAAAUUGUUUAAUGAUUUGCAUAAAUUUUAAUGGAGCAGGGUUGAGGAAAAAUGCAAUGCUCACUUUUUUUUUUUUUUUUUUGUAUAAAACAAAAUGGAGAAACCCUCCAUGCUCAGAGCCUCAAUUACUGUACAAAGCCUGGCAACUAAUUGCUAUGCAGCUAACAUACACUGAGAGUAGACUGAUUUUGGAUAAUGAAUAUUUCAACCAAAUGAUUCUACAAAGUGACCUAUUAAUACACAGUUUUGAGUAGAGUUUCAUGAGAUUCAGAUCAGAACUCUUGGUGAUUCUUGAGUUGUUUUUAUUUUAUGAGUCUAUCUAUUACAUUCUAGUUUUGAGACACACUAGAUCCUGUGUAGGGACAGGAUGUAAACAGAGCUAUAGUAAAUGGCAAAAAUCUGGAUUAAAGGUACAGCAAUCGUAGCAUUGUUGGAUUCUUCAUAGAGUUAACAUAAUAAUGUGGACUUGCUGGCUGUGUGGCGAUGGUACACACCUUUAAUCCCAGCACUCAGGAGACUGUAGGGGCAGAUGAAUAUCUAAGUUAAAGGCCAGUCUGGUCUACAAAGUUAGCUCUAGAACAGCCAUGGUCACACAGAUAAACCCUGUCUUAAAACACCAAACCAAAACAAAACAAACCAAAACAAAACAAAAAACCAAAACAUGUGAACAUAUUGUUUUAAUAACCUAAAUAUUAAGUUAAUUUUCAUGAUGCAUUAUAUAGUCCAUACAAUUCAUAAGACUCUUAGGACCCAAAAUAACUUUAUAAAAUAGGAAAAUUUUUCUUCUACUAGCUAGACAUCAAGGAAAUUGAAGCUCAGAUCUGUAUAGCCAGUCCCAAGGGUAAUAAUAGUAUGUGUUACACGGAAGGGUUUCUUACUUUAGUAAUUUCAGACUGUUAGGUAUGAGAAAGAAUUAUACCUGUUUGUUCCUUUGCAGCUUUGUGUGGUGUCUGAUACAUAAUAUGUGGCAAAUAGUACCUCAUUAUUUACUAAAUUAAUAAAAGUAUUAGAUU